AACAAAACCAUCAUCAAACUUGUUUCUUUUUCCUUUCUUUCCCUUUUUAUUUUCUUACAAUGGAAUUGAAGUUACAUAUUCUCGCUGACAAAACAUUAGGCUUGCAUCAUAAAAUCAACAACAUAAUCAAUGAACAUAGCUUCAACUUGUGCAGCCACUGCUCGAACCAUGGCCGCUACUGCAUUGUAGCGGAUAGCAGCCCGGAUGAGAGAGCGAGGCUGAUCGCCAUAAGCGAUUCCCUCAAAGAGCUCCACACCCUCAUUCUUUCUCUAGAGAAAGUGAGAUCAAAUCACAAGAAGCAAAGGGAUGAAGCAUUAGGCCGGAUCAAGGAGAGCAGAGAGGUGGUGAGGGAGAGAGCGAGGCGAUGCUCGAAAGAGGAGAGGGAAAAUGAGGGUGUGAUUGCGGAGUUGAUUGAAUUUGUGGGAGAUGGGAAAGAGAGUGAUGGAUUUUUGUGGGAAAUGGAUGAUGGCAAGAUUCAGCAGAAGAAGAGUGUGAAUGGAAUCUAUAGAUUCCUGGUUGGAACAGCGAGAUUCGGAUUGGAGUUUUCGGUUGUUUUUGCUACGAUUUACAUGAGUUUGGAGUUUGCUAGGAAGCACAAGAAUGGAGGUAUGGAUGAUUCAAGAAUGCAGACACAAUUCAAUGGUGACACUGAGGUUCAUUUAGAUGUUUUGUGUGGGAGAGGUUGAGCUUUUAUGUGUGAUAAUUUUGUUUAAAAAAUGUAACAUAAGAUCCUUGUUCUUAAUUCUAUUGGGAAAUAGAAAUUAAACUUUACUCUAUA